AUGGCUAAAGCGGCUUUUGAAUCCAUUGAUUUUGAAUCACACUCUGGAAGUCAUCAUCGGCUUGGAGUAGUUAACCAUAUCUUCUUCCUUUCUCUGGCUCAAACUUCUUUGGAUCAAGUGGCUCAAAUUGCAAAGGUUGUAGCUGCUGACUCCAAACUUCAAGGGGGCCUUGGGACAUCGGCAAAGAGAAGCAGGCAGAGGAUCAGAGCAAUGGAUUUCAGUCCAAGCAGCAACGAUAUGAAGAAAAAGAGCAUCACAGCCACGAUGAUCACGAAGCAAUCAAUGCUGCUGUGUUGCAAGCUUUACAUUUCAGAAUCACGAAACACAGAAGCGAUGGAGACGGUGGAAAGAGCCGGUGGCCUUGACCCAGAAACCGUGAUUAUCAAGAAGUUCGAAGAUAGAGAUUAUAACCGGGUGAGGUACACACUUGUGUCGUACGUGGCUCACGACACCACCGGCAACGCCGUCUACAGCCCUCUCCAACAAACGGUGAUUGCGAUGGUGGAGGCCGCUUAUGAAUCCAUCAACCUGGAGCUUCACUCUGGUGCACACCCUCGUCUCGGCGUCGUUGACCACAUAUGCUUCCAUCCUCUCUCUCGAGCUUCCUUGGACGAAGCGGCUUGGCUCGCUAAACUUGUUGCUACUGAUAUCGGCAAUAGACUCCAAGUACCUGUAUACCUGUAUGAAGCUGCACACCCAACAGGUAAGGCCCUUGACACCAUCCGGCGAGAGCUGGGCUACUUCCGGCCAAAUUCCAUGGGACAGUGGGUCGGGUGGGCCCUUCCAGAAAUCCUCCCUCAUAUACCAGAUGUGGGUCCUACACAAGUAUCUCGAGACAGAGGAAUUGCUGUGAUCGGUGCAAGUCCUUGGUAUGUAACAUACAACGUUCCACUCAUGUCUACCGAUUUGUCUGCUGCAAGAAAGAUUGCUCGGUUGGUGAGUGAAAGAGGUGGUGGGUUACCCACGGUUCAAUCACUUGGUCUGGUUCACGGGGAGCAGUCGACUGAGGUAAGUUGCAUUCUACUGGAACCGGACCGGGUUGGAGCCGACCGGGUGCAGAGUCAAGUGGAGAUACUAGCUGCCCAAGAAGGAUUGGAUGUGGAGAAGGGUUAUUUCACUGAUUUCUCACCAGAGAUGAUCGUUGAGACUUACAGGAAGUUAGUGUCUGGUGGUGAAGGUAAACAUGGUUUGAUGAAAUUAAGCAUCUAAUUUUGUCCCAGCUCUUAAAGAUUUAAGACUUAAGUUUCUUUUUCUAAGUUUAUAUUUUCGAUUUAAGUUAUUUAUUUAUUUAUUUAUUUUUAUGUUUAAAA